ACUGACCUAAAACAAAAGCACCUAAAUUGAGCACAUUCUCUACCUGCCAUAAUGACUUUUUCAUAAAGUAAUAACCUUUUUAUUACAAUAAUUAUUAAAAUUAUUGUGUGCCUUCCCAAUACAUCUUAACUUUUCCUUCACUAUAUAAGUCAUUAGUUUGCACUUCUUUAUGUGCAGUCACAUGCAUGUGAAUCCUCUCAUUGUCAAGUCUCACUUGGCCUCUUUCUUCUCUCCAAAUUAUUCUCUAAAACCAUCCCAAAACCCUAACCCUAAGUGAAGCAUGGAACUAAUUAAACCUCAAAAACUUCAAUCCAUAUUGAAGUGUUACAAAAAUAGUCAAUUAUUAUACAAUCUCAUCCACUCUUCUAUGGUUGCACUACUUAUAUGUAGUUUGCUUUGCUCUUACCCUUAUAGUUUUCCAUCACUAACUAAUUUUUCAUUCAAUUACUUUGUUUUGAUCUCUCUCCCAAACAUUUGGUCAUCUUUUCUCAACCCUAAGUGCUUGUUUAUACUCUUCAAUGUCAUAAUUGUCUUUCUUGUUAGUGAAUCAACACUCAAAAAAUCAUACCCUGCCAUUGAUAUCUACUCAGAGUAUGUUGAAAGGAGUAAGAGUUCUCACAGACGACGCCGACGACGAAUUAUUUCUCAUCUUCAUGAGGAGAAAAAGAAAGAAAAAAAGUUAGAGACGGAGAUGGAGAUGGAUCUUCAUGAAGAAAAAAAUGAAAAAAUGAUGUUAGAGACAAAGAUGGAUAAGAGUAGAGAAGGUAAUAACAUAGUUUACGAAGAAAAAGUAGUUUUUGAAUUAGUUGAACCUACAGAAGAAAAACAUGAUGAAAAGUCGGAAGAAGAAGAAAUAAAAGAAGUGGAGGAAGCUCCAAAUAAUGAAGAUAAGAAGGGGAAAAAUAGUGAAAAAGAAUGUGAAGAAUUGCCAACUGAGGAACUAAAUAGAAGAGUUGAAGAGUUUUUGGCAAGGAUUAAAAAGCGAAGGUUGCUUGAAGCUAUAGAAUGUUGAUAUGUAAGCAAUCCUAAAUUAUUAUCAUAUAAUUAGAUAUGUAAUACAGAUUAAUAGAGAAGAUUAAUUAUUGUUAUUUUUCUUAGGAAGAUUGGUUUAUGUUAAAGUUACGUUGACGCCCUUGAAUAAAUAAAUAUUUACAUUA